UUACCCCUGCGCCUGGCUUCGGAGCGGCCCGCCGUGCGCUCUUGGGCGUCUGGCCCGGUGCGCCCUGGGCGCGCGCCUUCCUCGCCUCUUCGCCAGCCCCGCCGCCUCCGCCGCCUCCUCCUCCCUCCUCCCCUAACGCCCGCUGUUGUGAUGCGUAUUCCCGUAGACCCCAGCACCAGCAGGCGCUUCACACCUCCCUCCACGGCCUUCCCCUGCGGUAAGAUGGGAGAGAACAGCGGCGCCCUCAGCGCGCCGGCCCCAGGACCUCGAAGCCGGCCCGAGGCGCGCUCGGUGGUGGACGUCCUGGCCGAUCACCCGGGAGAGCUCGUGAGGACCGACAGCCCCAACUUCUUGUGCUCGGUGCUGCCUUCCCACUGGAGAUGCAACAAGACCCUCCCCGUGGCCUUCAAGGUGGUAGCCCUUGGAGACGUGCCUGAUGGGACAGUGGUGACGGUCAUGGCUGGUAACGAUGAGAAUUACUCGGCUGAGCUCCGGAACGCUUCGGCUGUGAUGAAGAAUCAGGUGGCCAGGUUCAAUGACCUUCGCUUUGUCGGACGGAGUGGCCGAGGAAAAAGCUUUACGUUGACCAUCACAGUCUUCACCAACCCUACUCAGGUCGCUACAUACCACCGGGCCAUUAAAGUGACCGUCGAUGGACCUCGGGAGCCAAGAAGGCACAGGCAGAAGCUGGAAGAGCAAACGAAAUUCCAAGAUCGUUAUGGGGACCUGGAAAGACUUCGGCACUCAAUGAGAGUCGCUCCUUCGACUGCCAAUUCUCGGGGGUCUCUGGGCGCCCCAGGGCACUUUGGAACGCAAGCUCAGAGCCAGAUCCAAGGUACCUCUGAACUGAGCCCGUUCUCCGACCCACGGCAGUUUGAUCGGUCCUUCUCUGCUAUACCAGGCCUCACCGAGACCAGGUUUCCAGACCCAAGAAUGCAUUACCCUGGUGCCAUGUCUGCAGCCUUCCCUUACACGGCAACUCCCUCCGCCACGGGCAUCGGUGGCCUCAGUAUGACCAGCAUGCCAACCGCCACUCGGUUCCACCACACCUAUCUUCCCCCACCGUACCCCAGCUCCACUCAAAACCAGAGUGGACCCUUCCAGACCAAUCCCUCCCCCUACCAUUUGUACUAUGGUGCAUCCUCUGGGUCGUACCAGUUCUCCAUGGUCGCAGGAGGAGAGCGCUCACCAACCCGGAUGCUACCUUCUUGCCCAAGCGCCACGGUAGGAAACAACUUGAUUAACCCCAGCCUCACCAGCCAGGCCGAUGGCGUGGAAGCAGACGGUAGCCAUAGUAACUCACCGACAACCAUGACGACAACCGGGAGGAUGGAUGAAGCUGUCUGGAGGCCAUACUGAGAAAGGACUAGAAGGCUAGCCGUGUUCUACGCAAAUUGGUGGUUAAGAGGAGAAAAGAACCAGAGCAAGCUGCAACUGGUGGUCCUCCCCACUCCUUCCCCAGUUGGCAUCCCAAAGUGAGAUUGUUCGUGUGCAAAACAUAGGUAAUAAUAAAUAAAACAAGCACAGGAAGGUUAGUGAUAGCACGAAUUUGGAUACAUUUCAGAACAAAUCUUCAUAGCUCCUUAAGGUUCCUCUCAACAAAUGGCCUAUUGCAGCCUUUCCCCACCCUGGGGCAUCCAGAUGGAUUGGGCCUACCUGGAGUGGUUACCUG